CAUUCACACACGCAUUGCACACAUACAUAUAUAUCAUAGAAAAACCAAACCUUCAUCUUCAUUUUUCUUCAUCCUAAAUACAAUAUAUAUACAAACACUCUCUCUAUUGAUCAUUUAUAGAUUAUAGCUAUGAGUAAUUUUAAUGAUGAUAGAAACCAUGAUGAUGAACAUAAUUAUUAUCCAUUUGGAAAUAUCUAUCGUGGAUCAAGUCAGAGCAAUUUCAACAAAAAAAUCUUGUUAACAGCCAUAGUUUCUUUAAUACUUGUAUUAAUUUUGGUAUUUGCUCUUCAUCUCUAUGCAAGAUAUGUUCUCAAACGCCAAGCUAGCCGUAGAGCCGCCAUUCAUCAACUCAGCCUCACCGUCGCUCAAGCUCAUACACAAUUCACCGAACCACCUAGCACUGGACUCGACCAAACCCUCAUCGCUACUCUUCCAACUUUCCUCUUCAAAGGUAAACAACAAGACAAAAAACAAAACAAUGAUGUUUUGAAUGUUGUUGAAUGUGCAGUGUGUUUGAGUGUUGUAGAGGAUGAAGAAAUGAUGAGGUUGCUUCCAAAUUGUAAGCAUAGUUUCCACGUGGGUUGCAUCGAUAAGUGGUUAGCUUCACAUUCCACGUGUCCAAUUUGUCGAACCAAGGUUGAACCGCGACUAGAACCAGAGGCACGUGAGGGUCCCACUUUGUUCGAACCACCAUUAGAAGGUACAUCGGAUGGUGAUGGUGGUGUUAGUGGGUCCCCAAAAAAUAUUUCACGGUUGAGCUCUUUUCGAAGGAUUCUUACUAGAGAUAGAUCUUCGAGACGAAUCCAACCUUCUAGUAUUCCACGUGAUGAUGUUAUUAUUGAUCGUGAUUUAGAAAGGCAAUAAUUUUUAUUAUUCAAGAAAGUUUAGAUUAGGAGAUACAUGUUCAUGUAAGGUUAGAGAGAACUAUUUAAUUCAUCGAUGAUUUGCAUAUAAUCUAUCAACUAUGAAAUUUUAGACUUCUUCAAUUCAAGUCAAAGUAAGUGCGAACGAAAAUUCAAGCAUUCGUGUCAACUGCAGAUGGUAUGAGGGUUUGAUUAUAUAUUGUUGUUAUUAUGAUGUGGUAUUACAUAUAUGGUUUAACCUUCAUUGGCAUUGAAUAGUAGAAAGGGGUGGAAAAAUGAUGAUGUAAUAUUUUUGAAUAUUUUUUUGUAUAUGUUAUGUUAGUCAAAGUAUGAGCGGUUUUGGUGUUGAAUUUCAA